GAGCAGCCUCGUGCGCCGGGAGCCGCAGCGCCACACCGGACCAACAUGCCUGUUCGCCGCGGGCAUGUGGCCCCGCAAAACACCUUCCUGGGCACCAUCAUCCGCAAGUUCGAAGGGCAAAAUAAAAACUUCAUCAUCGCUAAUGCUAGAGUGCAGAACUGUGCUAUCAUCUACUGCAAUGAUGGGUUUUGUGAGAUGACUGGAUUCUCCAGACCAGAUGUCAUGCAAAAGCCCUGCACCUGCGAUUUUCUUCAUGGGCCAGAAACCAAGCGGCAUCAUAUUGCCCAAAUUGCCCAGGCACUGCUGGGGUCAGAGGAGAGGAAAGUGGAAGUUACUUAUUAUCACAAAAAUGGGACCACCUUCAUUUGCAACACCCACAUAAUCCCAGUGAAAAAUCAAGAGGGAGUAGCUAUGAUGUUUAUUAUUAACUUUGAAUAUGUAACAGAUGAGGACAACACUGAGUCCCCAGAGAAAUUCAACCCAAUUUUGCCAUCCAAGCUUGUAAACCAUGGUAACAACCUUUCAAGUGGCUCUUCUUCAGGCAAGCUCUUCGGUUUCCGUUUACCUGGACUGAGACUCUUAACAUACAGAAAACAGUCCUUACCACAAGAAGACCCUGAUGCAGUGAUAGUUGAUUCAUCUAAGCACAGUGAUGACUCAGUGGCUAUGAAGCACUUUAAAACCCCUACAAAAGAAAGCUGUAGCCCUUCUGAAGCGGAUGAUACAAAAGCACUGAUACAGCCCAGUAAAUGUUCUCCUUUGGUUAAUAUAUCAGGACCUCUUGACCAUUCAUCACCUAAGCGGCAAUGGGACAGACUUUACCCUGAAAUGAUACAGAUAAGUACUCCAGUAACGCAUUCCAGAUCGAAGGAAAGCAUAUGUAGUAUAAGAAGAGCAUCUUCAGUACAUGAUAUAGAAGGAUUUAACAUCCACCCCAAGAACGUUUUUAGGGACCGUCACGCAAGUGAAGGGCCUUUUAAUCAUAUCAAGUCAAGUCUACUGGGAUCCACAUCAGAUUCAAAUCUCAACAAAUACAGCACCAUCAACAAAAUUCCUCAACUCACCCUGAACUUUUCAGAUAUCAAAACUGAAAAAAAAUCUUCAUCUCCUCCUUCUUCAGAGAAAACAAUUAUUGCACCUAAGGUGAAAGAGAGAACGCACAAUGUGACAGAGAAGGUUACCCAGGUUCUAUCCUUAGGAGCAGAUGUCCUACCAGAAUACAAACUCCAAACACCUCGCAUCAACAAGUUCACUAUAUUGCACUACAGUCCUUUCAAAGCAGUCUGGGACUGGCUCAUUUUGUUGCUGGUAAUAUAUACCGCCAUAUUCACCCCUUACUCUGCAGCUUUCCUUCUGAAUGACAGUGAGGAACAGAAGAGACAGGAGUGUGGAUAUUCUUGCAGCCCACUGAAUGUGGUAGACUUAAUUGUAGAUAUUAUGUUUAUCAUUGACAUUUUAAUAAACUUCAGAACAACAUAUGUAAACCAGAAUGAAGAAGUGGUAAGUGAUCCAGCAAGAAUAGCAAUUCACUACUUCAAAGGCUGGUUCCUAAUUGACAUGGUUGCUGCAAUACCUUUUGACCUGCUGAUUUUUGGAUCUGGCUCUGAUGAGACAACAACAUUAAUCGGUCUUCUGAAGACAGCUAGAUUGCUACGUUUGGUAAGGGUUGCACGGAAGUUGGACAGAUAUUCAGAAUAUGGUGCUGCAGUCCUGAUGCUCCUUAUGUGCAUAUUUGCACUAAUUGCACACUGGCUUGCUUGCAUUUGGUAUGCCAUUGGAAACGUAGAAAGGCCUUACUUGAUUCAUAAAAUCGGCUGGUUGGAUUCUCUAGGGGUACAACUUGGAAAACGAUACAAUAAGAGUGAUGCAGGCUCUGGUCCAUCCAUCAAGGACAAAUAUGUUACAGCACUUUAUUUUACCUUCAGCAGUCUGACAAGCGUCGGAUUUGGAAAUGUGUCUCCUAACACCAACUCAGAGAAAAUCUUUUCCAUUUGUGUCAUGUUGAUUGGCUCAUUAAUGUAUGCAAGCAUUUUUGGAAACGUUUCUGCAAUAAUCCAAAGACUGUAUUCAGGAACAGCACGGUAUCACAUGCAGAUGCUACGAGUAAAGGAGUUUAUACGCUUUCAUCAGAUUCCCAACCCUUUGCGGCAGCGACUUGAGGAGUACUUCCAGCAUGCAUGGACAUACACCAAUGGCAUCGAUAUGAACAUGGUCCUAAAGGGGUUUCCAGAAUGCUUACAGGCUGACAUUUGCCUACACCUCAACCAAAAUUUGCUUCAGAACUGCAAAGCUUUCCAGGGGGCCAGUAAAGGUUGUCUCCGAGCUUUGGCUAUGAAGUUUAAGACAACACAUGCUCCUCCUGGAGACACUUUAGUCCACGGUGGUGAUGUUCUCACUGCUCUUUACUUUAUCUCAAGAGGAUCCAUUGAAAUCCUCAAGAGUGACAUUGUUGUAGCCAUUCUUGGGAAAAAUGAUAUUUUUGGAGAGAUGGUGCAUCUUUAUGCAAAACCAGGGAAAUCAAAUGCAGACGUGAGAGCUUUAACCUACUGUGACCUGCAUAAGAUCCAACGAGAAGACCUACUGGAGGUUUUGGACAUGUAUCCUGAAUUUUCUGAUCUCUUUCUCACUAAUCUAGAACUGACUUUUAAUUUGAGAGAUGAAAGCUCAAAGGCUGAUCUCGUAAAAACCACUAAUGAUUCAGAUGGAGAUAACUGCAGACUUAGGAGAAGGAAAUUGUCCUUUCAAAGUGAAGAAGAGAAAGGCUAUUACAAAGAGAACAAUCAGAAUGAUCCUGAGGAUUCAGUGGAUAGCACCAGGCAUUAUCAAUAUACAAGGAAGCACUACGAGGAGAAGAAAAGUGGGUCAUCAUCUUUUGUAUCGUCCAUUGAGGAUGAGCAGAAACCCCUGUUUGCUGGAAUAAUUGAUUACCCAUCAGUGACAGGCAAAACUACAGGGCUGGACUUUGAAGAAGUGGUGCACAUAGCAGAAAGGAUACACAUUGACAAAAGAAGUCAUUCUUGUAAAGAUAUCACUGAUAAAAGAAACUGGGAACAGGAAAACCUAAAAGGAUACCAUGAGGCUUCAAGUCAGUCAGCAUUCCCUCAUGUGACAUGGGGCAUCUGUGAAUCUGAAAGUGAACUUACCUAUGGGGAAGUUGAACACCGACUUGAUUUGCUUCAAGAACAACUCAACAGGCUUGAAUCCCAAAUGACUGCUGACAUUCAAACCAUCUUACAGCUGUUACAAAGGCAGUCAACGCUCAUUCCACCUACAUAUAGUAUGGUGACUACAAGUGCAGAAUAUCAACACUCAGCUGCCCGGGUGAAGCCAAACCUUCAUCCUGUAGCAUCUAUUAAAACAGACAGAAGUUUCAGUCCUGCAUCACAGUGUUCUGAAUUUUUAGACCUUGAAAAAUCAAAACUUAAACCCAAAGAAUCCCUCUCCAGUGGGGUGCAUCUUAAUACAGCCUCAGAAGACAACUUAGCUUCUUUUUUAGAACAAGAACAUGAGAAGUCUUCGGAGUGUCAUCAACAGCAUUGUAAAACUUAUCUCCAUCCAGUUAGACACCCUUCCUUGCCAGAUUCUUCCCUAAACACUAUAGGAAUCUUGGGUCUUCAUAGGCAUGUUUCUGAUCCUGGUCUUCCUGGGAAAUAAUACUUUUGUACUAUUACUUCACAUAAAAUGUAAGUGCUUUUAAUGGUUGUUUUUCCUUUUUGUAUUUAAAUCCUCUAUACUUGACUCAGGGGCUACAAGGAAUAUAACAUUAUAUGCAAAAGUACUGUAUAUUUUCCUAAAUUUGAAGCUUGUAAGGUAAAGUUGAGCAGUUAUGUUGUA